ACCUGAAGCGAACGUGUUUUUCGUCAUGUCGUCUCGAUCCCUUGCCCGCCGCCGUCGUCGCGCACGAUCUCCUCUGUCGUCACGAUCCCUUGCCCGCCGCCGUCGCCGACGGUGCAGCAGCAGAUCUCUGGUGCCGCGUGCCCCCCUGCCGGACAACGACGAUCUCCUCGAGGAAAUCCUUCUCCGUCUCCGGCCGUCCUCCCUGCCACGCGCCUCCGCAGUCUGCAAGCGGUGGCGGCGCCUCGCCGCCGACCCCAGGUUCCUCGACCGUUUCUGUGCGCACCACCGGAAGCCGCCGCUCCUUGGAUUCUUUGAGUGUCUCGACAAGAUCGUGUUCACCCCUGUGCCUCCCUACCGCAUCCCUCCUGAGCGCUUCUCGCUUGAAAGCUGCAAGGGCCACCGCAGCGACAAUGACGAGCUCGUCCGUGGCCGCCAAUACGAUGUGCUCAGCUGCCGCCAUGGCCACGUCCUCGUCAAGGACCGGGUGCGCAAAGAGAUCGUCGUAUGGACCCCCAUGACCGGCGAGCAGCGAUGCUUGGCCGUUCCUGCAUUGUUCAAGAGGAGCUUCCUCAAUGGGGCGGUGCUCUGCACCAACAAGGGCCACGUCCAUGGUGCCUGCCAGUUCAGCCACUUCAAGGUGGUCUUGGUGUGCAAGGACAGAAAGGAAAAGAAGCUCCUUGCUUCUGUUUACUCCUCGGAUACCGGUGUAUGGGACGAUCUUAUCUCAAUAGAGGUUCCAUCUCAUAUCCGUGACACAUGCACUCAUGGGUCUCUUGUUGGUAAUGUGCUUUAUUGGUUGUUGUCUAUCAGGGAUGGCAUACUUAAGUUCGAUCUGGAUAGGCAAAACCUAACUCUGAUUAAGGGGCCUCCCGUUGCAAAUAAUUUUUGCCGUGACAACCGCCAGAUCAUUCAAACAGAGAAUGGUGUUCUUGGCCUUGCCACAUUGUCUUAUCCUCGCUUCAAAAUGUGGCAGAGGAAUGUCGAUUUUCAUGGUGUUGCCACAUGGUUGUUGCAGAAGACCGUUGAUAUGGGUACCAUUCUUGGGCUGCCUCCUCAGACUGAGGGAGGAGGGACGCAAAAAAUAUUGGCAUACUCUGAAGACAUUGAUGCAAUUUUUAUAUGCGUGGACAACAAUGUAUACAUGGUUCAACUUAAGUCGAUGCAAUCCAAAAGACUUCAUGAAUCAUGUCAUAUCAAUAACUACCAUCCUUUCACAAGUUUCUACACACCUGGCACAGCCAUUACCAAUGUUUGUAGUGGAACUGAAAUGGUGCAAGAUACAUAGAUGCUUGUGUGGUUUUCCGUGCGAAUGUGCUAAUGUGGUUCAACGGGUGAAGGCAAAGACAGGCUGUUGCAGUUCUCACCGAAAUUUGUCACAUCGUACUAAUGUUGGUGAAUGUGUACCAUAGUCUUUGCAAGU